GGCGGCGGCCGUCCUCAUCCCGGCGGCCCAGCGCUUGAGUAGACGCGGGGCUUCGCAAAUGGCUUGUGCCGCUCUCGGUCUGGAAGCUCUUCAGCCCCUGCAGCCUGAGCCGCCCCCCGAGCCCGCCUUCUCCGAGGCGCAGAAGUGGAUCGAGCAAGUAACUGGCAGAAGUUUUGGUGAUAAAGAUUUUCGGACAGGGUUAGAAAAUGGAAUCCUUCUCUGCGAGUUGCUGAAUGCUAUAAAGCCAGGACUUGUUAAAAAGAUCAACAGAUUGCCUACCCCCAUUGCAGGAUUGGACAAUAUCAUAUUAUUCUUGAGAGGUUGUAAAGAGCUCGGCCUUAAAGAAUCUCAACUUUUUGACCCGAGUGACCUACAGGAUACGUCCAACAGAGUAACAGUCAAGAGCCUUGAUUAUAGCAGGAAGCUGAAAAAUGUACUAGUGACUAUCUACUGGCUGGGCAAAGCAGCGAAUAGCUGUGCAUCUUACAGUGGGACAACACUAAACCUGAAGGAGUUCGAAGGCUUGCUGGCUCAGAUGAGGAAGGAGACUGAUGACGUUGAGAGCCCUAAACGUAGUAUUCGAGACAGUGGCUACAUCGACUGCUGGGACUCUGAGCGCAGUGACUCCCUCUCUCCCCCUCGACACGGCAGAGAUGAUUCCUUCGAUAGCCUGGAUUCCUUUGGCUCCCGUUCCCGGCAGACACCUUCGCCAGAUGUAGUCCUCAGGGGAAGCAGUGAUGGGAGAGGAAGCGACUCUGAAUCCGACUUGCCCCAUCGGAAGCUGCCGGAUGUGAAGAAGGAUGACAUGUCUGCGAGGCGGACAUCCCACGGUGAGCCAAAAUCAGCAGUGCCUUUUAACCAGUACCUCCCCAACAAAAGCAACCAGACAGCCUACGUCCCCGCACCUCUGAGAAAGAAGAAAGCAGAGCGAGAGGAAUAUCGGAAGAGCUGGAGUACUGCCACCUCCCCACUGGGUGGGGAGAGGCCCUUCAGAUACGGACCGAGAACUCCUGUGUCUGAUGACGCAGAGAGCACGAGUAUGUUCGACAUGCGGUGUGAGGAGGAGGCCAAGGUGCAGCCGCACAGCAGGGCCCGCCAGGAGCAGCUGCAGCUGAUAAACAACCAGCUGCGGGAAGAGGAUGACAAAUGGCAAGAUGACCUGGCUCGUUGGAAGAGCCGUAGAAGAAGUGCUUCUCAGGACUUAAUCAAGAAAGAGGAAGAAAGGAAAAAAAUGGAGAAGUUACUGGCUGGAGAGGAUGGGAUGAGUGAACGAAGGAAAAGCAUCAAAACCUACAGGGAAAUUGUCCAGGAAAAGGAGCGGAGAGAGAGGGAGUUGCAUGAGGCAUACAAGAAUGCACGGUCCCAGGAGGAGGCGGAAAGGAUCCUCCAACAGUACAUCGAGAGGUUCACCAUCAGCGAAGCUGUCCUUGAACGCUUGGAGAUGCCAAAAAUUCUGGAAAGAAGCCAUUCAACAGAGCCAAACUUAUCCUCCUUCCUGAAUGACCCCAACCCCAUGAAAUACCUGCGGCAACAGUCACUGUCUCCACCCAAAUUCACUGCCACCGUGGAAACCACCAUCGCUCGUACCAGUGUACUGGAUGCCAGCAUGUCAGCAGGCAGUGGGUCUCCAAGCAAAACUGUCACUCCCAAAGCAGUGCCUAUGCUGACACCCAAGCCUUACUCCCAGCCCAAAAACUCUCAAGAGGUCCUGAAGACCUUCAAGGUAGAUGGGAAAGUCACCAUGAAUGGAGAGACGGUUCACGUUGACGAGGAGGAGAAGGAAAGAGAGUGUCCCCCCGUGGCACUUGCCCCCUCGUUGACCAAAUCCCAGAUGUUUGAAGGUGUGGCCAGAGUGCAUGGGUCCCCCAUGGAGCUGAAACAAGACAACAGUAGCAUUGAGAUCAACAUAAAGAAGCCAAGUUCUCUUCCCCAAGAGCUGACGGCAACGACUGAAGAAACUGAAACAAACAGUCAAGAAGAUGAGAAUGAUGGUGAAAAAACAGAAAAAGGGAAUACAGAAGUUGCCUCAUCAGAGCCACAGUGUUUUACAUCAACUGUGACUCGAUCCAGCCCGACCGUGGCCUUUGUGGGGCUCUCCUCCAGCCCCCAGGUGAAGAACGAGGUGCCAGAAGAGAAAGACCAGAAGAAACCGGAAAACGAAAUGAGUGGAAAGGUGGAACUGGUGCUGUCACAAAAGGUGGUAAAGCCAAAAUCUCCAGAACCAGAAGCAACCCUGACGUUUCCAUUUCUGGACAAAAUGCCUGAAAGCAGCCAAUUACCUUUGCCAAAUCUCAGUUCUCAAGUGGAUUCUCCAAGCAGUGAAAAGUCACCUGUAACUACGCCUUUGAAGUUGUGGGCUUGGGACCCGGAAGAGGAACGCAGGCGACAGGAAAAAUGGCAACAGGAGCAGGAACGUUUGCUCCAGGAGAGAUACCGGAAGGAACAGGACAAGCUGAAGGAAGAGUGGGAAAAGGCCCAAAAGGAGGUGGAAGAGGAAGAGCGCAGAUACUAUGAGGAGGAGCGCAAAAUAAUUGAGGACACUGUAGUUCCAUUUACUAUUUCUUCAAGUUCUGCAGACCAGCUGUCUACAUCCUCCUCUGUGACUGAAGGCAGUGGGACAAUGAAUAAGAUGGACUUGGAAAACUGUCGAGAGGAAGAACAAAAGACAAGACAGAAGAAACCAUUCCAGGGGGAUAACAGUGGCUCAUUGCUUAAGACUAAGGAAGGUGAUCCACUGGAGGAAAAGGGCAGCUUAACUCAAGGAGUCUUGACUCAUUCUGAGAACCCUGCAUUGAAAGGAAUAUAUCAGGACCUCCAGCUGGAUACAGAAGCUGGGGCCUCACCCUGUGGGAUGAACCCACAGCUAGCUCAGGAUCCAUCCCAGAAUCAGCAGGUAUCAAACCCACCAAUGCACAUUUUAGAAGAUGUGAAGCCAAAAACCCUCCCAUUGGACAAAAGCAUUAAUCAUCAGAUUGAGUCUCCGAGUGAAAGGCGGAAGUCUAUAAGUGGGAAGAAGCUGUGCUCUUCGUGUGGGCUUCCAUUGGGUAAAGGAGCUGCAAUGAUCAUCGAGACCCUCAAUCUCUAUUUUCACAUCCAGUGCUUUAGGUGUGGAAUUUGUAAAGGACAGCUUGGAGACGCAGUGAGUGGGACGGAUGUUAGGAUUCGAAAUGGUCUUCUAAACUGUAAUGACUGCUACAUGCGAUCCAGAAGUGCUGGCCAACCCACAACAUUGUGACGUGGUUUUCAACCUUCCGGAUCACUCACCAUUUCCUUACUGAGGGUGUCCCCUGGCAAUCGUUUAACAAAACCCUAAGUGCAGGGGCUCUUCAGCAUUCAUCUAAUUUCUGAAAGGCUAUUCUAAAAGAUGGUAUCUGUUGUUUUGUAGCACAGUGUUUGUGUUUUUCCUGCUUUCCUUUUUUUUUUUUUUUUUUGGCAUUUGCACAGUAUAUACAAAAGAAUAUUGAAUUGUAACGAUAUUGAAUAGUUCCAAAAAAAGGUCUUAGCAUGGUCAAACAGGCUUACAGUUUAAAAUGUGUUAUUCUCUUCUUUGGGAGUUAAUGAGAUAAAUGAUGCAAUAAACCUGGGGAUUUUUUAGCAUUUCUAGGAAUUAAAAACUUUGUGUUUACAGAAUUGAGCUGCAGAAAAUGCAGGACAUGCCAAUUUGAGACAUGUGGUCUUCUGAGACAGGAGCAUACAGUUAAUGCAUUUCAGAAACUAAAAAUCAGACCAUCUAGCUCUGAGUUAUAACUUGUUUUUAAUGCAAAGAUGCUAGUCUGAUAAUAUAUACUGUAAUCCUGAAACAUUUGUGUUACUUACUUUUUGAGGUGGAAGUCAUACCAAUAAAUUAUUGCACCGUUAGUGUUAGAUUCUGUGUCCUUUGGAAGUUAUGCCAUUGCUGUAGGCUGACCCAUCACAUAGAGAGAACCCUUGCUAUAUGGGCUAGGCUUACACUCUGGGACAUUGCCCAAGGGUAGGAAGAAACCAGAGGGACAUAAUUCAGUCAUCAUUACCAAAAUCUGUGAGGAAGUUUAAUCUUCCAAAGAGUGGUGAGUCAAUGAUAGCCAGGAGGGCUUUGUUGCUUGCUUCUCUUCAGGCUCUAGAUUCAAUAAGAGGCUCAGUGUGGGACAUAUGGAAGCUCUCACUGAGAUCAGCCCAUCAUUAGGUGUGACCACCACUCACCCUUGCCUGCAAGUUCUCCUUGGGGGUCUGAAGCCCAGGUGGCUAAAGUAAAGCAUUAAGUCCAUCUUAAUAGAAUCUGAAUGACAUAUGAUGUGAGAAGCCACUAGCACGUGAUCGACAAGAACCUACUGUUCACAUCGUGCCCUGUCCACCCUCCUGGAUACCUACCUGCUCUCCUCACGCCCUACAUCACCAACUCUCUUUACUACCAAGAAUACUGGACCUUGCUCAUGGAGAAGUUUAGCGAGAAACUCUUGCGGAGAGCUGGUUUAUUUUUUGCCCUGUGUGAUGAAUUUCAUCUGGCCAAGAAAGGAAUCAAGUUACUAAAAAGCAUCACAUUUUAGAUCUCCAGGCAGUUUUCUUUAAGACUGGGGAAAGGGGGACUAUUUAUUCUGCCUUAAAAUGAUGGCAAAUAAGUGAUGAUGACAGAUGACAUUUUGUGAAUGUAGACUCCGGAUAUACUCCUAAUAGGUUAAUGUAGUCAUAAAAAGAAAUCAAGUAGAUGUUUUUCUGUUAUGUAAGCAAUAAUUUUUUUUCUGUGUCUUAUUGAAUAUGACUAGCAAUUAUUUAUUUACAUGCUAGACGGUUCUCUGCAUGCGGGUUCCAUGUAAGUACAGAAAUUUCCUCAGCCACUGGAGGUAUCUUGACCAUUUUGUCAUUUGGAUGAGCUGUUGUUAGAUUGAAAUUUACACAUCAUCUCAUUUAAAAUUGUGCCUUAGAAAAUGCAAAGCUGUUACACAUAGUCAGUGAUGAAUUAAGGAUGCAGUACAUUGAAGAGAGAUGAAGUCCCCUCCAAGUUCUCAAGACUUCUCGUGGAGGUGUUCGCUGUUUUACGGGAGGAAAAAAAUUUAAAAAAAGAAAAAGAAAAAUAGAAAAACUAAAAAAAAGUACGUUUUGAACAUGUACAGAUUAAGUCCAAUAUUUUGAUUAACCACCUGCAUGUUUUAUUAAAUAUUUUGAUAAUGUGGAUGUUUACACUUUGCAUGAUCCUAGCAGAGUACUUUACCACCAGUAAUGCACAAACAUGUACAAUAUGAUUCUUCAUAACCGAUUUUUCUAGAAUACUUUUUACAUGUGGAACUCCAUCUGUUCUGUAAGGAUUCUAUGAAUAUUGCACAUUCUCUUCUGGUUUCACAAACUCAUUUAUACAUAUUUCUUAGUGAGACUCAUUGUACAUUGUAUUGAAGCUAGAAUCAAGAAAACUAAAGCCCCGUCUCCAACUGCGAAAUGUGCUUUUCCAUAAUGAACAAUAGUCACCAGCACAGAAUAAUCUCCAACAUUUUCUAAAUUCUAAUUGCCAACUGUUUCUAUUUAUAUUUGAUUUAUAUUUCAUUUGGAGUCUGUUACAUGGCAGCUCGGGCAGACUAGAUCUUGUUUUUUCCAAUGCAGCAUAAUGAGUAUGAUCUAUUUCUUUUCAAAUAAUCUUUGAGAUCCCAGGAAAAAAAAAAGUGCUCUGCUCUGUUGAGCUACAAUGUAAAUGUGUUUGUUUAAAAAACAGAUGAGGCAAGUGAGUGAUUUAUUGUUCCUGAGGAAGUAUAUCUUUUUUUUUUUUUCUUAUACUUCAAAAGCUUGUCCCUUCUCUUUCUUAAGGAAAAAAAAUGGGUAACUCUUUGUUUUUCACUUGCAAACUUUCAUGACAUGUGUUCAUUCGUUCCGUGUAGUGUUACUAAUGCAAUACAUAUUAUAGUUAUCUAUACACAGUGUAAGACUUAACAGGCUGAAAUGAUCCACCUCAUAUGUGAGUCCGUCCAAAAGAUGUUACUGUUCUGGGUGGGCCAAUGUUCUAUAUCAGUUACACUAACCUUCAUUUAAAAUAUUUAUUCUAAAAUGCCUCUGAGAAAUAGUAAAAAAUAAACAUAAAAAAGUUGUCUAAAAUGCAACAGCUUUUAUAGUAAAUGUACAUUUAUAAAUAAAAUACUCAAAUCAA